AUGGAUAUACUACUCUCACUACCCAUCGUAUCCUACUUCCUGGCACCGGCGAUGACUUCCUGGACCACUUCACUUAACCUGCUCUUCUUCUACAUGACCUGGACUACCCUCGUCCUCUCACAUGGUCCUCUUAAGAUCGAGCUCCUGGGCACUCUGGCCCUGCGCGUCUUUCUCUGGCUCUUCCCCUCUCUCCUUUUCCUCCUCUUCGACACUCUUCUCCCGUCUUUGUCAGAGUCUAUCAAGACGGCAGGCGCCGCAGCGCUACCACCAACGAACGGUCCUUUUCUGCUCAAGACGCUGCUCCUCGCGCUCGUCAACCUCGUUCUCGCCGCUGGCCUCGAGGGUGGAGUCAGCGUGGCUUGGGCCUCCUACUUCCACGAACCUCUCUUCCGGGCCUCGACAGCUCUACCUCUUCCGUUCCAGCUCGUAAAACACAUCGCUCUCCUCAUCGCCGCCCGCGAAGUUCUCACCUUUUACAUCCACACGCGCAUCCUUCACAGCCGCGGCCGCCGCUUCACGAGCACUCGCAUCGGCAAGCUUCACACGUCUUAUGCCCACUCCCGCGCCGCGCCGCCCUUCUCUCUCAUGGCAUACGCUGACCACCCCAUCCCCUUCCUACUUCACCGCAUCGUUCCAAUUUUCGUCCCGGCGUUGGCUCUUCGUCCGCAUCUCCUCACGUACUUCCUCUUCGUCGGGUUCUGUACAGCAGAAGAGACGCUCGCCAUGUCUGGGUACAGCAUUGUGCCAGGUAUCAUAAUGGGUGGCAUCACGCGGCGGACUGCGAUCCACUACGCCGGCAAGGGUGAAGGCAACUACGGUGCCUGGGGCGUCAUGGACUGGGCUCAUGGCACGAGCAGCGGGCAGGACGUCAUUGAUGACAUGAAAGCCGAAGCAGAGAAGCACCGCCUCAAGGAACGUGGAGAGAAUGCAGCAAAUCACGGUGCCAAUUUUCUGCAGGAUGGUAUCCAAGAGCUGAAGAAGGGUCGCGGCCGCAAGGGAAAGAAGAAGGCUACUGAGUAA